GACAUAUUUUAAAGUGGCACAAAACAACAGUAACAAUUUGGUGGUCGGCCAUUUUUGUCGUUGUGAGAAGUUAAAUUAAACAUUUUAACGUGUUUUUUUAUCAAUAAGGUAAAAACUAACACAGCGUUUGCGUCAAGUGGACUGACUUUUUAUACAUACUGUUUGUUUCGCACACACCGGUGUUUUUUAUCUUUAUUUUUUUAUUUGUUAAAGAUAGCUAGAAUGCUAACAUGUUGCUAAACCCAUCAUUCGGCUCAGACGACCGAAAGUCCGUUCGGUCGCAAAACUGCGUGUACAAAAUUGGCGACAAAACUAGUCCCAUUAGCGUUAUACUUGUUAGCUCUGGUAGCCGAGGGAAUAAACUACUUUUUCGGUAUCCUUUCCAAAGAGCGGCGGAAUGUCAGUCGUCUCUCACAGCCAAGCAACGGAAUCCUUAUGCACUAAACACAGCUGGGGAGGGUCUUGAAGACCAGGAUGGUGAUUUGAGGGAACAUUCUCCACUAACUGAUGAACAGUUUGUAUCAGGAUUCUCCGACAUAAUACUGGCCACCAUCCUGGCUACUAAAUCUGACAUGUGCGGAAAGAAGUUUGAGCUGAAGAUUGACAACGUUCGGUUUGUUGGCCACCCCACCCUCCUCCAGCAUCCUAACAUCAUUCAGGUUUCCAAAACAGAUCCCUCUCCCAAGAGAGAGAUGCCGACGAUGAUACUGUUCAACGUGGUGUUUGCAUUGAGGGCCAACGCAGACCUCUCCGUCAUCAACUGCAUGCACAACCUGUCACGUCGUAUAGCCAUCGCCCUCCAGCACGAGGAGCUGCGGUGCCAGUAUCUGACCAGGGAGGCCAAGCUGAUGCUCGCCGUUCAAGAGGAGAUCACGACCGUGACUGAGACGAAUGGAAGCCCUCAGUCCCCAUUCAGACAAAUACUUCCCAAAUGCAAACUGGCGAUGGACCUGAAGGAGGCGUAUGACUGCCUCUGUACCACUGGUGUGGUGCGUCUGCACAUCAACAACUGGCUGGAGGUGAGUUUCUGUUUACCGCACAAGAUUCACAGGAUCAGCGGCAAACACCUACCUCCAGAGGCGCUGGAGCGCAGCCUUAAGGCAAUAAGACCUUACCAUGCUCUGCUGCUGCUGGAGAGUGAAAAGGCUUUGCUCAGCCAACUUCCUCUGGACUGUUCGUCAGCGAUGGUUCGUCUGAUCAAGACGUGCUCACCCGUAAAAAACCUCCAGCAGCUUGCCCAGGAUUCAGACCUGGCUCUGCUUCAGAUUUUUCAAAUUGCUGCUCACCUGGUGUAUUGGGGCAAAGCCAUCAUCAUCUACCCGCUGUGUGAAAACAACGUGUACAUGCUGUCUCCUCAUGCCCACAUCUGCCUAUUCUCAUCACAGGCUGAGCACUUCGCCCAACAGUUUCCUGGUCAAGACCUGCCCUCCAUGUUGUCCAAAUUCUCCCUUCCUGUCUCACUGGCUGAGUUCCGAAAUCCCCUGGAAGCUCCUGCACAGGAGGCCCAGCUGAUCCAUAUGGUGGUGUGGAUGCUUCAGCGCCGUCUCCUGAUCCAGCUGCACACUUAUGUCUGUCUGUUGGUGCCGCCCAGCGAAGAUGAGCCGGGACCGAGGGAGGAUGACCUCCCGCUGGCGGCCAGGGUCGGAGGGCACAGUCUCAGUACACCCAGUGCUCUCAGCUUUGGUUCUCCAACCAGCAGUGAUGACAUGACCCUGACCAGUCCCAGCAUGGACAACUCCAGUGCGGAGCUGCUGCCUAGUGGAGACUCGCCGCUGAACAAGAGGAUGACAGAGACGCUGCUCGCCAGCCUGUCAGAGCAUGAACGACAGGUUAUUCUCAACAUCCCUGCCGCACAAAAUCCAGAGGAUUUACGGAUGUUUGCCAGGCUCUUACAUUAUUUCCGGGGACAUCAUCACCUGGAAGAGAUCAUGUACAACGAAAACAUGAGACGCUCGCAGUUGAAGACGCUGUUCGACAAGUUUCGCAGUGUCCUCGUGGUGACCAACCAUGAGGAUCCAAUCAUCUCCAUCUUUCAAUCGCCCGUGGAAUAGUGUGGAGUGACCUUCGCGUAGACGGCCCCAUAACGUCCCUGAUGAAG